AUGCAUCCCGUCCACCUCUUCUGCUGGGCCCUCGUCGCCGUCAGCAGCGCGCAGACGACGGCGAAGUCAUGCUCGGACCUCCAGACAACCGUCACCGCCGCCAUGAAGGAGGCGUUCGCCCAGAUUAUCCUUGCCCAGCAAAAUCAGCUGAUUACCAGCGAUGUCGUCUCCUCACAAAAAGCUGACCCCGAUGCUCAGGCCAAGCAAACCCAAGGAGACACGAUGCAGCGCGCUACCGAGCUCCUCGUCGCCCAGUGCGGAAUUGAUAUUCUGACCUCAAUUUCGGACGCGAACCUCGACACCGAGGCGAUUUUCGUCGCAGUCCAGGGCUCGACGGUCCGAUCGAAGCGAUAUGUUGAUGGACCAACCGGCUCCGACUCGGCCUGCCGCCAGAACACCCCCUGCCAGCCAAACGAGCCAUACCGCCGCAUCACCGGCGACUGCAACAACCUGCAGUUCGCGAAGAAUGGCGCCUCGCUGAACCCGUUCGCCAAGCUCGCCAAGCCGGUGUAUGAUGACGGAAUUGGCGCCAUCCGCGCUAAAUCCGUGGUCGCCGGCCAGGCUCUCCCCUCGGCCCGCGUCAUCUCGAACAAGAUCUUCCAGCAGACCGAUCUGUACCCCGUGGACACCGCCGGUCACUCGCACAUGCUCAUGCAAUUUGGCCAAAUUAUCGCCCACGACGUCGUGCUGACGCCCGGAUCGACAGGCACUAAUGGUUCGUCGCUGGACUGCUCGAUCUGCGAUGUGAACAUGAGGGACAAGAAUUGCGCGCCGGUUGAUGUUCCGACAGGCGACCCCUACUUCAAAACGGCCUGCUUCAAGUUCACCCGUGCCCUCAACGGCCAAACCAAAGUCGGCCCCCGCAUCCAGAUCAACCAGAACACCCACUUCCUCGACCUGUCCAUCGUCUACGGGAGCAACAUGUGCGACCACAACAAGCUGCGCACGUUCGCCAAGGGGCAGCUGAAGACGCAGAACACCAACGGCUACACGAUGGUCCCCACCGAUCCGGCGGACCCGAACUGCCACUCGCAGCCCACCUACCCGUGCACGUUGUCCGGCGACUUGAGGACGUCGCUGCACCCUGGCCUCUACCCCGCCCACAUGUACUUCAUCCAGGAGCACAACCGGAUCGCCGCCAACAUCACUGCCGCUCGCCCCGCUUGGCCUGAUGAGCGCAUCUUCCAGGAGACGCGCCGCAUCAUCAUCGCCGUCUACCAGCAGUUCGUCUACAAAUUCUACCUCCCCAAGAUCCUCGGCACCACGUUGAUGACCAAGUACGGCUUGAACCCGCUGACCAGCGGCUUCUUCACCGGAUAUGACAUCAACGUCGACCCGUCGGUGAUGGCCGAGUUCGGCACGAACGCCUUCCGCUUUGGCCACUCGGAGGCCAGGAGUGACUUUGCCCGCGUGUCCAACACGAACGUGACGGUCGGCACGCCGGUGAUGCUCGGCGAGAACAUCUUCUACCAGGACCCCAUCUACAACAAGACUGCCCAGCAGUACGAGUCGAUUGGACAUGGCCUGAUGUACUCCCAGCAGAUGGCCGUCGACAACCAGUUCUCGUUCGACAUCCGGAACCGCGUGUUCGAGAUCCGCAACAAGUCGGGCUCCGGCAUCGACCUUCCGGCGACGAACAUCCAGCGAGCUCGCGACUUCGGCGUCGGCCCGUACAACCAGUACCGCGCGCUCGCCGGCCUCAAGAAGGCCACCACCUUCGACGAUUUCGCCGACGCCAUGACCACCGCCAAGAUCAACCUGCUGAAGACGGCGUACGCCAACCCCGGAGACGUCGAUUUGUACGCCGGGCUCGUGAUGGAGACGCCGCUUUCAGGAGCUCUGCUUGGCCCCACCGCCGGCUACAUCAUCGGGCUGCAGUUCCAGAACCUGAAGAAGGGCGACCGCUUCUACUAUGAGAACCAGGUGCCGAACAGCCGAGGGCUGACAGCUGAGGAACUCGCCGCCGUGCGCGCCUACGACAUGCGGUACAUCUUCUGCGCGGGAUCCCCCACCACCACCACGAUCCCCAAGGAUAUCUUUGUCUAUAACUCCGCCUCCGAGCCGUGCACAAACCUGAAGCCGAUCAACCUCGCCCCAUUCCUGCCACCCAAC